AUGGUAAAUCAAGUUGUUGAAAAUAAUGAUUAUGAAAUGGUACCAGGUACGGUACAUUUGAUUGAUAUUAAUGGGAAUUUGGAUGUACAAAAAAAUGGUGAUAUCAUUUUACAGCCACAACCAACUAAUAAUCCAAAUGACCCCUUGACUUGGUCUAAACUGAAACGACUCAUUCAAUUUUCUCUUGUCUGGAUCUGGGGUUUAUUUGUUGCCGUUGCUAUCAAUUGGGUUGGACCAGUUUUCGGUGUUUGGGAAAAAGAUUUGAAAACCACUAUAGGAGAUUUAUCUAAUGCAGUUGCCGUUGGGUUUCUAUUUUUGGGUGUUGGAGUAUUACUUGUACAACCAACAACUUUAAAAUUAGGUAAAAGGUUUAUUUAUAUUGCUGGGAGUAUUUUCACAAUAAUUUCCUUAGCAGUUGGAUCUCAAGCAACAGAAGUGGGGUCUAUAUUUGCAUUCAAGGCACUUGUUGGUCUUGGUGCUAGUCCAUGUGAUAGUGUGGUAGAGCUUAGUGCCACUGACCUUUUCUUUCAACAUGAAAGAUCAACAGCUAUUUCUUCAUUGAUUCUUGCAUUGUAUGCGGGUUCAUUUGUUGGACCAAUUAUUGCAGGGUACAUCACUGAUUCAAUUGGUUGGAAAUGGUGCUUUUAUGUACAAAUCAUUAUAUAUCUGACAUUUUUGAUUAUCCAAAUUUUCUUUCAACAGGAAACAACUUUUAGAAGAUCCUUAAGUGAUGAGACAUUAGAGGAGGAAAUUUUGCAGCAAAUCAAGUCAACCGAAAUCAACAAUGAAAAACAAAUUAUUUCUGAACCGCUUGCAAAGGAAAUAGUAGAUGAAGAGCUGGGAUCUUCAAGUAUUGAGUCAUACAAAAAGAAAACUUAUUUCCAAAAAAUGAACAUUAUACAUACCGAUCAAAAUGAUUCCAGAAGUUGGUUGUGUAUUUUUUAUCGUCCAUUUUUUGUACUUUAUUAUCCUGCAUUUAUCUUUGGUGGGAUUGUGUAUGGAAGUCAAAUGAUGUGGUUACUGUUGACAUCAACCACUCAAACCUUGAUAUAUGGUGCUGAACCAUACAAUUUCUCAGCUAACGGGAUUGGUUUGACUAACUUGGGAUGUUUGGUUGGGUCAAUUUUGGGUACAUUUUAUGGUGGGAAAUUUGUUGAUUGGCUUUCUAUUAGAUUGGCUAAAAAAAACAACGGUAUCUUGGAACCUGAGUAUCGAUUAUGGGCCAUGAUUAUUCCAACGAUACUAAAUGCAGGUGGAUUAUUGGCGUACUAUCUUCCUUGUGCCAACAAAGCAUCAUGGGCUUUUUCAGUCGUUUUAGGACAAGGAGCAUUGGGUUUUGCAAUGAGUAGCUCUGGUAGUAUUUGCAUUACUUAUGCCAUUGAUUCUUAUCCUAAAGUCGCCAGUGAAGGAAUUGUUUUAAUGUUGUUCAUUAGAAAUAUGAUGGGGAUGGGGUUCUCAUAUGCCAUUCUGCCAUGGAUUAACAGAAAUGGCCUUGUGGUUGUUACGUGGUUGAUGUUCAUGUUGUCGAUUAUUAUAAAUGGAAGUUUUAUAGUAAUGUUGGUGUUUGGAAAGAGGUUCAGGCGUUGGACUGCCGCUCAUUAUGAAAAAGUUUCUGAGCCUAGAUAUGGAGAAUUCUUUAAACGUUAG